AUGAUCGUCCAGUGCCUUUUGGCUGUGCGAGGCCUCCACAGAGUUGGUGGUUCCAGAGUUUUAUUCAGAAUGACUUUAGGAAGAGAAGAGAUGUCUCCCCUUCAGGCAAUGUCUUCCUAUAUGGCAGCUGGUAGGAAUGUUUUAAGAUGGGAUCUUUCACCAGAGCAAAUCAAAACAAGAACUGAGGAGCUCAUCUCACAGACCAAACAGGUGUACGAUGCUAUUGGAAUGCUUGACAUUAAGGAGGUAACUUACGAGAACUGUUUGCAGGCACUAGCAGAUGUGGAAGUGAAAUACAUAGUGGAACGAACCAUGCUAGACUUUCCCCAGCAUGUCUCCUCUGACAAAGAAGUACGAGCUGCAAGUACAGAAGCAGACAAAAGACUUUCUCGUUUUGAUAUUGAGAUGAGCAUGAGACAAGAUAUCUUUCUGAGAAUGGUUCAUUUAAAGGAAACCUGUGAUCUGGAAAAGAUAAAGCCUGAAGCAAGACGAUACUUGGAAAAAUCAGUUAAAAUGGGAAAAAGAAAUGGGCUCCAUCUUCCAGAACAAGUACAAAAUGAAAUUAAAGCAAUGAAGAAGAGAAUGAGUGAGCUAUGUAUUGACUUUAACAAAAACCUCAAUGAGGAUGAUACCUUCCUUGUAUUUUCCAAGGCUGAACUUGGUGCUCUUCCUGAUGAUUUCAUUAACAGUUUAGAAAAGACAGAUGGUGACAAGUAUAAAAUUACUUUAAAAUAUCCACACUAUUUUCCUGUCAUGAAGAAAUGUUGUAUACCUGAAACCAGAAGGAAGAUGGAAAUGGCUUUUAAUACAAGAUGCAAAGAGGAGAACACUGUGAUCCUGCAGCAGCUACUCCCACUGCGGGCCAAAGUGGCCACACUGCUCGGCUAUAGCACACACGCUGACUUUGUCCUUGAGAUGAACACUGCCCAGAGUACAAGGCAUGUAACGACCUUUCUCGAUGAUUUAAGCCAGAAAUUAAAACCCUUGGGUGAAGCAGAACGGGAAUUCAUUUUGAACUUGAAGAAAAAGGAAUGUGAAGAGAGAGGUUUUGAAUACGAUGGGAAGAUCAAUGCCUGGGAUCUCCACUACUACAUGACUCAGACAGAAGAACUCAAGUACUCGGUAGACCAGGAGACCCUCAAGGAAUACUUCCCAAUUGAAGUGGUCACUGAAGGCUUACUGAGCAUCUACCAGGAGUUGUUGGGACUUUCAUUUGAGCAAGUGACAGAUGCUCACGUUUGGAAUAAAAGUGUUACACUUUACUCUGUGAAGGAUAAAGCUACAGGAGAAGUAUUAGGACAGUUCUACUUGGACCUCUAUCCAAGGGAAGGGAAGUAUAACCACGCAGCCUGCUUUGGUCUCCAGCCUGGAUGCCUCCUGCCUGACGGGAGCCGCAUGAUAUCCGUGGCUGCCCUCGUGGUGAACUUCUCACAGCCACUAGCAGGUCGUCCCUCUCUCCUGAGACACGACGAGGUGAGGACUUACUUCCAUGAAUUCGGUCAUGUCAUGCAUCAGAUUUGUGCACAGACUGACUUUGCACGAUUUAGUGGAACAAAUGUGGAAACUGACUUCGUAGAGGUGCCAUCACAAAUGCUUGAAAACUGGGUGUGGGACGCUGAUUCCCUCCGAAGACUAUCUAAGCAUUAUAAACAUGGAAGCCCUAUUACAGAUGAUCUGCUUGAAAAGCUUGUUGCUUCUAGACUGGUCAACACAGGUCUCCUGACCUUACGCCAGAUUGUUUUGAGCAAAGUUGAUCAGUCUCUCCACACCAACACUGCGCUGGAUGCUGCAAGUGAAUAUGCCAAAUACUGCACAGAAAUUUUAGGUGUUGCAGCUACUCCAGGCACAAAUAUGCCAGCAACUUUCGGACAUUUGGCUGGGGGGUAUGAUGGCCAAUAUUAUGGAUAUCUUUGGAGUGAAGUAUUUUCCAUGGACAUGUUUUACAGCUGUUUUAAAAAAGAAGGGAUAAUGAAUCCUGAGGUUGGAAUGAAAUACAGAAACCUGAUCCUGAAACCUGGGGGAUCUCUGGACGGCAUGGACAUGCUCCAAAAUUUCUUGACACGUGAGCCAAACCAAAAAGCAUUUCUAAUGAGCCGAGGCCUGCCUGCUCCGUGA